AUGAAUAUACAGGGAGUUUUAAACACUUGUGUUAUUGUAUCAGCAGCUUAUAACUGUACUUUUGCUUUCUACAUAGUUUAUGGGACUAACACACUUAAAAGAAGAAAUACAGUUAUUGGUGUAAUUCGUACCUUCUUGAUCACAUGUUCCAAAAACAUAUUGCAAAAUGUCUUAAGCAAAAUAGGGACUACAUUGGUUCACAUACCUAAAAACCACCAGAGCACUGUUGGCUUAGAUCUGGCUGGAAGGGCUGGGGACACAGCAGUCACCAAAGAGGGAAAAGUUUGUGCAUAUUUUAUAGAAAGAAAAUGGAAGGGACAUGCAACCAUGCUGACAGUUUAUAGCUAUUUUUUUUUAAUUUAG